AUGAGUAAGAAAGGGGAUUUUGCUGCCGUCAGUAAGGACAUUGUCGGUCUUUUACACCAACCGGAAUACGAUGAUGGCAGUGCUGGACCUGUUCUUGUGCGCUUAGCAUGGCACUCUGCUGGAACAUACGAUGCUGAGACAGAUACCGGUGGAUCCAAUGGAGCUGGUAUGCGAUAUGAAAGUGAAGGAGGUGAUCCAGCAAAUGCUGGUCUACAACAUGCAAGAGUAUUUCUCGAACCAGUCAAAGCCAAGCACCCCUGGAUAACAUAUGCGGAUCUUUGGACACUGGCCGGAGUUGUGGCAAUUAAAGAAAUGGGUGGUCCAGAAAUUCCAUGGAAAGGGGGACGAACGGAUUAUGUUGAUGAUUCGAAAUUGCCUCCACGAGGACGUCUACCAGACGCGGCACAAGGCUCUGAUCAUCUGCGAUGGAUCUUCUACCGCAUGGGCUUUAAUGAUCAAGAAAUAGUUGCCUUGAGUGGAGCACAUAAUCUUGGACGAUGUCAUAGCGAUCGAUCCGGAUUUGAGGGAGCUUGGGUUAACAAUCCUACGAGAUUUUCGAAUCAAUAUUACAGACUCUUGCUUUCACUACAAUGGCGCAAGAAGAAGUUGCCUAAUGGAAUUGAACAAUUCGUCAACUAUGACGAGGAUACCGAGACGGAAUUGAUGAUGCUACCAACCGAUUUGGCCCUCACACAAGAUAAGGAGUUCAAGAAAUGGGUAGGGAAAUAUGCAGAUGACAAGGAGAAGUUCUUUGAGGAUUUCAGUAAAGUCUUUGCAAAGUUAAUUGAACUGGGCAUUCAAAGAGACGGAGAAGGCAAUAUCACGAACCUAGACAAUGAAAAGGGUGGAUAUCAUUCGGCACCAAAGAAGAAGGAUACUCCUGGUAGUCCAGCGAAGAGUUCAGAUGACAAGGUGGACGUGAGUGAAGCAGAGCCAUUGAAGGAGGGGAAUAAGAAGUUCAACUCGAAGCUAUAA